AUGAUAAAAGACAAACCAAGGCGUUGGCAUGAAACCCUUUUGGAAGCUUUGUGGGCUUACAGAAAUUCAAAGCAAAUAAGUACAGGUACAACUCCUUAUCGGCUUACAUUUGGCCAUGAUGCUGUCCUGCCGAUGGAGUUAAAUGUAAAAUCGACAAGAGUAGCCUUACAACACAAUCUUAUACCUGCCGAUUACAACGAAUCUAUGCUUGCUGAGUUAGAAGAUUUGGAUGAAGUCCAAAAACUUGCUUUGGACCACCUUAUGGUCCAUAAAGCAAAAGUAAUGAAAGCUUACAACAAACGGGUGAAGUUCAAGUCAUUUGCAGAGGGUGAUACGGUUUGGCAAACAAUUCUUUCACUUGGAAAGGUGGAUAGAGUUUAUGGCAAGUGGUCACCUACUUGGAAGGGUCCAUAUUUGGUUCAUCAAGUAUUACAUGGAGGAGCGUACAGGUUAAAAGAUCUAGAUGGUGGAAUCCAUGAGAGACUAAUAAAUGGAAGGUACCUCAAAAAAUAUAAGCCAAUUAUUUUUGAACUUAUGGAGGAAAAGAAAACCUUCACUAAGUAA